CACAAUCUAACUAGCAAGUCAUUAUAUCAGAAUACCGUACGAAUAAGACCUGUCCCAUAAAUUCUUGCAAAUGAUCUGCUUAUUAGUUCAAUACUGUGUCUGAGCUAUUGCUUCUGUAAGAGAGUCAUCAUGGAACAUUUCCUGAUCCACAAGCUCCUAAACUUGUUUCUUCCUCCUAUCAUUUUCAUCUUUCUAUGCAUCAUAACACCUCCUUAUUACCUCUUCAAACUUGUCAACACCAUCCUAAUCAAACCUCUUUUCUUUGUCGAAGACAUGACCGGGAAAGUUGUUUUAGUUACUGGUGCUUCCUCCGGCAUUGGCGAGCAACUAGUCUAUGAGUAUGCAAGGCGUAAAGCUCACUUAGUCAUUGUUGCAAGAAGAAAAAAUCUUCUUGACGAAGUUGCAAAGAAAGCUCGUGGAUUCGGCUCCCCUGAUGUUUUAGUAGUAUGCGCGGAUGUUACCAAAGUCGAUGAUUGCGAAGGAUUCAUCAAAGAAACUAUAAACUACUUCGGACGUCUGGAUCAUUUGGUAAAUAAUGCUGGAAUCUCUAGUUUAUGCCCAUUCAAGGAAGCCAAAAACAUUCCCAAUUUUGCACCUAUUAUGGAUGUUAACUUUUGGGGAUCAGUUUAUACUACUCAUUUUGCAAUUCCACACCUUCAAAAGAGCAAAGGUAGAAUUGUAGCGAUCGCUUCAGUCACCGGAUGGUUGCUUGCACCAAAACUUAGCUUCUAUGCUGCUAGUAAAGCUGCAUUGAUAAGCUUCUACGAAACACUCAGAGUAGAGUUACAACCUGACGGGGUUAAAAUAACGAUAGCAUCUCCAGGUGUAAUCGAUUCGGAGAUGUCCCAAGGAAAGAUGUUAAGCAAGGAAGGUGCAAUGAAAGUUGACAAAGAGCUCUCAGAUGGCAUGAAAGAAGCCUUCUUAUUAGGCAUGAUACCUAUUGUUAGUUCGGAGAUAUGUGCACAGACGAUUGUCAACGGAGCAUGCAGAGGAGAUAGAUCGGUAUCAGAACCAGCUUAUUAUGGAGCUUUUUAUCUGGCAAAAGUGUUUUGCCCAGAGAUAGUUCAUUGGAUUUUUACUUGGAUGAACUCUCUCAAACCUGCCAUUAAAGAACCACUCUAACCAUGGGCCAUGUACAACAGGCUGAUGUACCUGCAAGUAGCCAGUUCAGUGUCAUGACUCGUGACAGCUGAACUAACUCUGAACUUUCUUGGUGAAAACAAGUUAAAAAUCAUACACAUGGUUGGUGUCUUUGUAGUUGAAAAUAUUUAAGACUUGUCCUUUAGAGUGUCUUUGUGGCUAAUACACAUGUAGUUGAGAAACUCUUUUAUCUUC